AUGGUUGCAAUGGACGAUGUUACAGAUGAUGGUUCAAUUAUAUUUGGUAAAAAUAGUGAUCGUCAAACAAAUGAACCAUUAUCAAUACGUUAUAUCCCUUCUGCUAUUUAUCCAUCAAAUUCUAAAAUUCGAACAACAUAUAUUGAAAUAGAUCAAGUUGAGAAAACUCAUUCAUGUAUUUUAUUUUCCCCAACAAAUAUUUAUGGUGCUGAAAUGGGCUUCAAUUCUCAUGGUUUAGUUAUUGGAAAUGAAGCUUUAUUUACUAAAAUUCCAUGUUAUUCAGAAGGUUUAACUGGAAUGGAUUUAGUACGUUUAGUUCUUGAAAGAUGUUCGUCUAGUAGAGAAGGAAAAGAAACAAUUAUUGAUUUAUUAAAUAAAUAUGGUCAAGGAGGAAAUUGUGGUUUUACAUCUCCAUUUUAUUAUCAUUCAAGUUUCUUAAUAGUUGAUUCAAAUGAAUGUUGGAUUAUUGAAACUGUUGGAAAAGAAUAUGCGGCAAAAAGAAUAACGAAAGGAAUUCAUACUAUUUCAAAUAGAAUUUCAUUUGGAAAAGUAAUGUUAAGUGAGAUUUCUCUCAAUCUAUCUGAUCAUCUGUUUAUCGAACAGUUCGUUAGUAAAAUAAGACAAUCAAGAUCAUUCGAUUUAAUAUCUAAACAAAGUAAAAAAUAUCCAGAAAAAUCUUGUCAAUUUAAUGUAAUGGAUAUGUUUAAUGUAUUACGUGACCAUCAACAAUCAAAAGAUUUUCCUGAAAAUGGUUUAACCAAUGUUGAUAUAUGUAUGCAUGGAGCUUUUGGACCGAUCAGAUUUAAUCAAACAACAGGAUCUUUAGUUUCAGUUAUUCCAAAAUCGAAAAAUCAACUUCCAAUACAUUAUGCAACAUGUACAUCAUUACCUUGUUUAUCUAUAUUUAAACCAAUAUGGUUAGAUUCAUCUUCAAUUCCACCAACUUUUAUUUCAUCUAGAGAUAAUUUCCUAUCGAAUGCAUCUAUUACUUAUUCAUCAAAUAAUAUUUGGUGGAAAUCAGAAAUAGUUAAUAGAAAUAUUAUGAAAUAUUACCAAAAACUUAUUCAACAAAUUCAAAUUGAAAGAAAUUUAUUGGAAAAUCAAUUUAUCUAUAAAUCAAACAAGUUAUCGUCAAGAUAUAUUUCAGAAGAACAAAGAAAUCAUUUUACUAUAUUUGCUUUUGAUCAAGUUGAUCAAUUAAUAAAUAAAUGGUUCUCAAGAGCUUAUUCUUUAUCAUUUGAAAUGAAAAGUGAACUUUCCUUUUUUCAAGAAUUAACUUGGGAAGGUUGGAGAAAAUCUGCGAAAAUUCCAAAACAAUUAUUAAAUUAUGCAAAAGUAGAAAUAUAUCAAAAAAUUAUGAAAUUUAUUUGUUUAUUUUCAAUUUUAAUUAUAAUUCAUCGAGUUUAUUUUAUAAAUCAUCAUCAAUUAAAUAUAUUCAAUACAUUUACAUAUUAUUUAGUGUUAUUUAUUUCAUUGAUUAUCUAUUUAUUAUUAACUAAAAUCUUUCCUAAACAAAGAAAAACAAAAGAAGAAGAACAAAUAGAAAUUCUAUUAUCAAGAUUAGAUUUUAACGAUCAUAGUUAA